AUGCUCAAACUUGAAGGCCGAUCAUUACAAACAGCCAUUGCAGUGAGCGCUGGCAGCGCUUAUCUGCUCUUUGGAUAUGACCAGGGUGUUCUGGGCGGUCUUGUCUCGUACCCGGGAUUUUUGUCUGCGAUUGGCAACCCCAGCUCGGGAUACCUAGGCACAAUAGUGGCCCUUUUCAACAUUGGCUGUCUCUGUGGAUGUGUGAUCUCGGCUUUCUUCGGAAAUCGCCUCGGUCGGAAGAAUGCUAUUAUCCUGGGAUGUGCCGUCAUGGUUAUCGGUGGUACUAUUCAGGCGAGCACAUAUGGCCCUGGUCAGCUCAUAGCGGGUCGCAUCAUUUCUGGAAUUGGAAACGGCAUGAAUACGUCCACAGUCCCGGUUUACAUUUCCGAAACAUCUAGAAGCACUAAGCGUGGACGAUCGCUUGCCAUACAGAUGUCAAUUGUGAUUUUUGGAACUGUGGUGGCUUAUUGGUUGGACUACGGAAUGAUUCGUUCGCAAACCGGUGGGGUUGUUUGGCGUUUCCCGCUUGCUUUUCAGAAUUUUUUUGCCUUGCUCACUAUUAUCACUAUGCCUAUCCUUCCGGAGUCCCCGCGAUGGCUUUACUCCCACGGUCGUCAGAAAGAGGCCAUUGAUGAACUUUCGAGACUAUUUGCCUUGCCAAUAGACCAUCCGAAUGUCCAAACUGUUGUGGCUGAAAUGGAGGAGGCUCUUGCUUUAGAGCACAACAAUCACAAGGCCCCGACAUUCAGGGGUAUUUUCCUCGAAAAAAGCGAAAUCAAAAACCCCCGCCGCCUAGCGCUAUGUUUCCUACUUCAAUUCUUCCAGCAGUUCACCGGAAUCAACGUCAUAGCCUUCUACGUAACCAUCGUCCUGGAAAGCAAUGUUGGCUUGACUCGCGAGAUGAGCAGCCUAGUUGCUGGCUUCAUUCAGAUUUCCUUCUGGUUCGGGACAUUUCCACCCAUAUUUCUGAUGGACCGACUCGGUCGGCGUAAAGUGCUGAUGCUUGGAUCAACAAUGCUCUUGCUGGCCAUGACUUUGUUCACCGUGGGCAUUGCAGUAAAAACAACCGCAUCCUCCCGGCUAGCUCUUGGUGCGCUCAUCAUCUAUGAGGUGUCCUUUGGAAUGAGUUGGAACUCGGUGCCUUGGUUAUAUGCCCCGGAAAUCACGCCGCUAAACCUUCGACAUGUAAGGUGCCGCCGUAGGAUGUUUCUCGGAAUGGCUAUUCACGUGAUCGCCCAAAUGACGCCUCCCGCUAUCGCUAACACCGGAUGGAAAAUAUACAUUUUGUUCUGUGUUUUUAUUGCUUUGAGUAUUCCAUUCGUGUAUUUCUUCAUACCAGAGGUUCGUGGUGCCCUGAACUUUCCACCGCUAGAUUCUUCGUAUCCACGUUCACGAGAGCACGUUCCUGACCAUUCUCUCUUGAUAGACUGCCGGAAAGACACUUGA